UGCAGUUACUAGAUAUUUCACAUAUCCCUCAAGUAUUCGACUAUUGCCUUGUUGGAUUUUCAUUUCACGACAUCUAAACUUUGCACAUACAUAAGACCUUCUACAGAGCCAUGGUCCCUGAUAAGACGUUCCCCCAACUAUGUCCUCCGAGCAAGAACGCAAAACUAUCAUUAUUCCUCUGAACCUUGGCUCCCCUUCUCAAUAUGAUCAAUCGAUCUUCCCUCUCAUGAAAAUGAAACGAAUGAGCAGCCUAGAUCAAGUGGAUAUAGUUCUUGAAGCUACGAUGGAUGAAUUAUUCAAGAUACAUGAAAUGGCAGGGGAUUUGAAACAAUUAGAAGCAGUCUUCGUGAGUGCCAAGAAGGAAUAUGAUAAGUUAAAGUUGAAGAAAGAAGGGCUAGAAAAUCAAAAGACGUCCUUCAAUCCUCUGAAAGUGUACUCGACAUAUCGUUCUACCCGACUCCUCGCAGUAGCAGGUAAAAAGUUGUAUAAGCAAGCCAGGAGCACAUCUGAAAAAUUGAGGAGGCAGCUACUUUCUGUAAACAGACAAGAUAUACAACCAGUCGAGUAUGCCGACAUACCACCUGACGCUCAAAUUGGUGCCAUUGCUAUUCCAUUAGAAUCGCCACUAGAUGAAUCCACGGCUACGCACUUCACUGAAGCAGCCGAUUUCAUUGCUUCUCAGGUCAAUCUCCUUCCUGACGGCAAUCCGUUUGGAGAUGAUCAAGAAGUGGAAGUCUCAGCCUUUGAUUCUGGAACUCCCGAAACCGAAGCCAAAUCAUCGGCCGGCUCUCGUUCAUCUGGAGCAUUCUCGGGACAGUGGUCUGGCAAUGAUUAUUUCGUCUUCAAUAACAGCAACGUUGCCUCGAGAUCAUCCAUUCAAUCGCAGACUCUUAACCACGGCGGGUCGCAUAAUCAAGGAUCGUCUCCUCGCUAUUGACGCCGCCGUUGUUAUUGAGCGAAAAACAUUAUAUAGGCUCUGACUUGCAGUGGUUUUGGUUUUGGUUUUAGAUAUCGUAGCACAAUUCAUAAAAUGAUCGUAAGAUUCUCAUGGCGUUGAAUAGUAGUCGACGAAUAUUUUUGUGUUGGUCCCUCUUUAUCGCUGUGCGCUCAAGUCUCAGCAAUAAUGUUUUACCACCAAAUCUACUUUUUAUGCCCCGCGACAUUAAUACACGAUCUUUCCGCGUUACUUCUCUCCUUAUUUCCCUCCAAACUGUAUUAGUCAGGAGUUUCGACUGCCCUUAUCAGUUAUUGACGGAAGGAUUGGAAGUUGUACUGAUUGUUG